AAAACAGUGUCGACAGCGUACGCCUGGGCAGCGUCUGUUCCCCUGUCUGGAUUUACUACAUUUCAGGACCGUUUGAAUCGUAAGCGCUAUGUUCCGUUUCACGCGUUGCGUUUGUGGCUCAGACUGACUGAGCGCUACUUUGUUUAUUUCCACAAUUAUCAGUAUCGAUAAACAACAGCAUGGUUGAGCAGUCGGAUCGCGCUCCGCUGCUGGACUGGGAGGAGAUCCCCCCGGCCGAACUUGCCCCAUCGGUUCCAUCACCGGACACUGGCGAUUCAUUACAGUCCGGGCUAUCAAAUUACCCGACCGAGGCCACAGUAGGGGCAGAUAUCACCUUGAACGCGAGCCCGACGAGACCGAGCAGUGUAGCAGCUGUUCAUUCUCCUCAUAAACAGCACAGCGGCCCGGGAGGAGAUGCUCCAGCAGAGGAUGAGCUGGGAGACUGCGCCUUCCACGGGCUCUCGGUCAAGGACCGCAGGAUUACUGGAUGGGAAGAGAAAGAUCAAAUCGUUGCUGUGUUUGUGGUCACUUUCGACACAAGAUCGGGGAACAUGAUAGAAUGGUGCCUACCUCAUGAUGUCAAUCUGGAAGGAGUAGAGUUCAAGUCUAUGGCCAGCGGCUCUCAUCGGAUCUCAAGUGAUUUCAUAUAUUUCCGCAAAGGCUGUUACUUUGGACUAGCGUGCUUUGCUAACAUGCCUGUGGAGAGUGAGCUGGAACGUGGAGCGAGGAUGAAAUCUGUCGGGAUCUUGUCUCCUUCCUACACAUUGCUAUACCGUUAUAUGCACUUCUUAGAAAACCAAGUCCGGCACCAGUUGCAGUGUCCAGGCCAAUACUCUCCACUGGAAGCUUUCUAUGAGGAUAAAAAGGCAGUGUUGCCUUCAGGAGGAAAUGGUUUGGUCACAGCUUGCCCAACUAGUGCUCUUGCACCCAUAGUCAACCGCUGCAUGCAUCCAGAGAUGAAGAUCACACACCCGGCUGGCUGCAUGUCCCAGUUCAUCCGCUUCUUUGGAGAGCAGAUUAUGGUUCUUUGGAAGUUUGCUUUGCUCAGGAAACGCAUCCUCAUUUUCUCUCCUCCCCCUGUCGGUGUGGUCUGCUAUCGUGUUUAUUGUUGCUGCUGCCUUGCUAAUGUGUCCAUUCCCGGGAUGGGUGUCUCUGUUCCGGAAUUUCGCCCCUUCUUCUACAUCAAUGUAGCUGACAUCCCUGCUCUUGAGACUGAACUGUCCUAUGUGGCCUGUACCACAGAGAAGAUCUUUGAGGAAAAGAAGGAGCUGUAUGAUGUGUACAUCGACAAUCAGAACGUGAAGACGCACAGAGAGAGUCUUCAGCCUCUGCUUCGACUCAACAGUGCGGACAGAGAGAAGUACCGCAAGCUCUGUGAGCAAAGGCAGUUGCUGCUAUACUCUCAGGAGGUGGAUGGAGAUUGCACAUCCAAUGAGGAAGACCUCUUCAUUCUGUUCUUCAUGGAGCAGAACAACCGAAUCUUCCAGACUCUGUCUGAGGUGGCGGUGAGUGCCGAUCCUACCCUGACUGCUGAGCACGUGCGAGCCAUGGGGCUGGAUCCUCAAGGCGACCGCGGCUUCCUUGUGGACCUGCUGGAAAUCUACGGCAUCGACGUCAUGCUGGUUAUCGACAACCCCUGCUGCCCGUAAGACCCUCCGUCUCUGCCCCUCUCUCUGGAGCCCUGUUUUCUGUUCUGGCUUAAACUCACAGCCUACUGAUCACCUGCUUUCUUGUCUCUCUUUUCUCUGGCUUGGCUUUCUCAGGAGCCAUUCCUGACCCCUCUGGACCACACUGAUACUGCCAACACCAACAACCCAAGUCCGUCUGCAGGCUUUUUCGUGCAGCCGGUGGCGUCUUUCUGCUUCUCUGUCUAUCUGUGUGCUUUGUAUUCUACCAGCCAUCUUGGAUUUCUUCUCGACUCUGCCUAAGCUUGUUUCCAAAACAUGAUCUCUGUGCCUCUUUUCUCCUGCUUUUUCAAUCUGUGGUCUUCAGUUGUGACUUUGUUUUUCUAGCCAGUGCUGUUUGGGGGAACUGAUGUGAUGUCCCCUAUGGAUAUAAAUCUGCUUGGACACCAGAGAAUUGGAAUAACGGUCUAUCAUUUCCUGGAUCUACAUGUUUUUUUUGUUUGUUUGCUGGGAACAACGGUUUGGUAACGUCUGCUCUGAAUGUGACAUGUUAUGUAUUUCUAAAAGUUUGAUGGUGGUUCAUAUUACACACUACUGUGACAGUGAGGAUUUUCACAGUCUUCGUCACAACAAUUCAAUCAUGUACAAGUGAACAGGCAUUUCAUUUGGGGAAAACUAGUCAAAGUCAAAAGUCAGUGUGUUAUUUGUGAUCUAUUGUGCAUGGACUAAUAGACAUAAGCUUGGCUGCUGUAGUUUGACACAUUUCUUAAUGUACAUGAAUGGGAAUGAACCACACUGUAGGAGGGUUUCAGUCAUUCUUAUUUAACUCUUCAAAUGUUAGCUGAUGAAUGUGACUGACCUUUCAAUGCUGUCUACACCUGUUCGAGAUGUUUCUGUUAUAUUACACCCACCGAACAGGUAUCACUGUACGAAAAACAAAUGAAAUGGAGCAUAGAAUGUGCAUUUGUUUAUCCCGGAUAUAGGCCUAUAAUCACCGUCAUCAUUGGUAUUGAAUGUAAAUUGUACAUUUAAUGCUCCGGUUGAUGCACACAGACACAGAAAUGCUGCAUUCGUCUUUCUGAAGAAAUGAAUGUGAUUUCUGACUUUCUAAUCGGUCAAUGCUCAUGGUAAUUAUUUGUUAAAGACUAUAUUUGUGUAUAUAUUUGGGUUUGUUAUUUAAAUGUGUUUGAGUUGAUCAUUGCUGGAUGACAGCAGCAGACUGAGCUGAUUGACAGUGGUUUUGGUUGCAUUUAUAUGUUCAUUCUAUGAACCCAAACUGGAUGUUUAAUAAUUCAUUGAGCUUCAUUGAUAGAAAAGAAUAUCUAAAUGGAAAAGGAUUUACUCAUUUAGUUUACUGUCCAUCUAAUUUUCAACACGCCAACAAAUGUGACAUUUGACUUCUGGAAUUGAGUGCAGGCACUCAGGCUUGAUGGAGAAAAGUUCUUUAAAUCACCUUAAAUAAAAUAUUUAAAUUAUUAAUAAAUAAUACUGUUGCUUACAAACUAGAUUUGAUUAAAUGUUUCGUUUUUACAUUUCUUAUAAAUCAGAGAGAAUUCUUCUGUAUUAUUAUUAAUAUGCAGACCACCCUCUUGUAGGAUGUGGUUUGGUUAUUAAGAGUCUGAUUGUAAAUGAAUGGAGAAUGUAUAUGAAGCAGCCGUGUAACAUAACUGUACAGGUUGAAUUGUCUGGUAUUGUGUAUGUGUGAUUUUUCUUUUCUUUUGUCAAUUCUCAAAGUGUUACACAAGUCUUUGUCACAAUAACAAGCUAAAUGAAUGUUGAGUUUUACUCUACUGUUAUCACAAAGCACUAGUGUAAUCCACACUACCUAUACAGUAAUACAAACUAACAGCAUGUGUCUGUUGUUUUAAAGCCAGUGAUUCCUAUUCACUGCCAUUUUGAAUAAAUGGUUCCUUUUCUACCA